AUGGAAACCACCCAGGUUCGAUUCCUGGUCCAGCCGUUUUCUCUUCUUUUGUUGAUCAUUUUCGGGAUCAUUGUUAAAUUCCAACAGUAUGCACGAUGAUGACAGCUGGCGUACCACUUCACGCCAACGCGGAAGCGCCAGUUUGUGCAGCGGCAUGGCGACUCAGCCUGCUGCCUUGUGCAGGCAUGCAGCCUGGCAGGGGUGGAGGAUGACUUUACUCACUUUUGGCAUGAUUGCCCUGACUCUUCUCAAUUUUGGCAAGCAGCUAGGUCCAUUCUCUGCGACGCGCUGGGGGUCGUGUCGAUCCUUGACCUCGACUACACGGCACUUCAGAUCGAGCACGGCCUCCCUCGACCGCGACUCCGAGCGAGCAGCAAAGCUGUUGAAAAAGGAUUCGGCGCAUGCAUCUCUUGA